AUGAAUAAUGGUGGAGAUGCCUCUCCUCAGGCACCGGAAAAUUUGCCACCACGUUCGGUGGUUCAGCCCUCAACACAUGAAGGACGACAGUCGCAAGGGGAGGAUGACGACAUGUCUGUGGGGGAGCGUGAAGGACUACGACCAUUAGAGGGAGAAGACAAUGUCAUUGAUGAUGAUGUCGAUGACGGUGCUGAGUUGCCUUAUGAAGGCCACGGCCUGAGCAAAGCGGUUGAUGACAAUGAGGAGGAGGAAGAAGAGGAAGAGCCACGUGACGGUGCUGCUGAUGGACACGGCGACGGUGAGGCGGAGGACGCUGCUCCCGGCGCGGCGGUGGGAUCAGGCAGCAGCCCUGCUGCAAACACAGUGACGCCGAGCAGACUCCUGCGAAGGACACCAGUGACACUUCUACGUCUGCCACAGUUCAGAUGUCCGUUGAAGCCAAUGGGGAAGUGUCACAGGGAGCCAACCGCACGCAGGCUGAUGACAAUGCCCCAUAUGAACCUCAGCCGGCCUCAUCACCCCACAACGCAGCAACGCUUUAUGGCAAUAUCUUCGCCAAUUUGA